AUGAACGCCAUCGUUGAAACAGCAAUCGCUGACAGAGCAAGCUUACGUUUGUUUGUCAUUUUCGGCAGGAACAUCAGACAGAGGAAUGCCUGUGAGAAUGCCGGUAUCAAAGAGAUCACCAGCAACACAAAGGUAGCUGUUAUAACUUACAUAGGAAGAAUAUUUAGACCAUUCGAAUUUAGUAUAUUGACUGAUACCAUCACCGGACAAUGUGGAAAUGAUGUACCAUGGCUGUUGAUUAUCUAUUUUGUCGUCGGAACUCAUCAAAGAAAAUUCGAAACACAUCAUCUCGAACAAGAUAAAAAUUUUGAUCUUUUAAAUAUCUUAAGAUUCGCAAGGAUUUUUUUAAGUUUUAAACGGAUAUUCAAUAAAAUGGCUAUCAUUUUAUUAAGUUUUAGAUGA